AUGGCGCUGCAGCCAGGGACGACCUCGGCUGAGGGAGACAGAAGCAAUGGAACAAUAUCUGCUUUCUGGAAGAGCUUCCUGGGUUUCCUCUUUGCCACUGGCAUCUUGGUAAUACUAUGUGAUACAUAUUGCUUUUUUCAAGCAAAUGACCCAGCAAUAUCUACGGAAGGUUGUGUUCGAGAUGGAAAGAUACACAAGUCUGGUACCAACUGGAGAACAGAGGAUUGCCACAGAUGUAACUGCAGCUGGCAUGGAUUAAGUUGUUGCUCCAUUUUUAUUGAACCAGGGGAUUAUGACAGAGAGACAUGUGUGAGCAUUUUUAACAAAAACACCUGUCGCUACACUGUGGUGGAGAAGGCCAACCCCUCAAAAACCUGUGAGAUCUAUUCUUGGGUGGGCUAACAGGCUACCUGCUCACAUUUUUCUCUGCCUAGUGAGUCUCCUUCCCCUUCUAGAGACAAUCAGCCAUGGAAGAAUCCCUUCUUCAGUCAGAUUUACGGAGGAAUUUUGAGCUUUGUUACUAGCAUCUUAUGACUAGUGCAGUCUGUUCUGAGAGGAUGCACUGCACUGCUUGUGUGUGGUUUCUGC